UCCGCCCUCGAACAUUACACAGCGCCCCUAGAACCCGUCCGGCCCGAUGAACGACCCGACGCGCAGCAUCGUGAAGAUCUGGUCGGGGAUGGACUGGCCCGUCCAGAACUCCGUCAACAACCCGACGACGAGGAAGAACAUGGCCGUGCGCCCGUUGAUGAUCUCCGCCUCCUCCGAGAAUCCCGUCAUCCGACUGGCCUCCCAGGACCGGAACUCCUUGCGCCGGUCCCAGCUGGCCGCGAGCUUGUCGAGGGCCGUCGACUGCUUGGCGAGCGUGAUGUCGUCUAUUACAGCCUUGCCGGGGGCGGUCGACGCGGGCGCGGGCGGCGCGGCGGGCGCGGCGGGCUCGGCGUCGGCGGCCGUGCUGGCUAGUCGUCGUGGUGUGUGCCUCACCGGCGCGACGAGCGCGUUGGCGCUCAGUGCGAGUGCGAUGACAGCGGCAGCGCGCAUCGUCGGUGUGGUGGUGCUGUGUCUGUCGCUGACGACGGCCCGAAGGUCAGAUCUGGAGCCACGCUCGUUCCGAAGAGGGAUGCGUGGAUGCUCUUGCACGAUUACGUGACAAAUUCGCUCGUUCUAUGGGUGUUUAUCGAGCUGCACACGACCG